AUGAUGCGCCGUAACUCCGACAUCGAGAUCCAGCUUCCUGAUUCAGGCCCAACGCCGCUCUCCCCCGACUCCUUACCCGAGACCGACGUGGAAAUGCUGUCCGAGGAGCCGGUGCCUCCGCUGACCCUCCCAGCACACAUCGCCGCGCGAUUCUACCGCCGAAGCAGCAAAGUGCGGCGCUCCUCGACCGCUUCCUCGCGACGAAGCUCUAUAUCAUCUCUUCAUUCACAUCACUCUAACGCAUCCUCCACUGGCGCGCCAAGCGCGGACCACAUAGCUCAACACCUCCGGCGCACAUCUAUCCUUGAAACCCGUAAAGCGCGACUGGCUGACCGGGCGCUGCACGCUGACAAGGUUAGGCUGCGCGCUGCCCUGGCAAAAGCUGCGACAAGGAAUUUGCAGAUUGAAGAGCGAGCUUUGGCUGCUCAGCAGGCUCGAGAGCGCCUGUUAGCAGACAUUACGGCCAAGUGCGAGGAUCAAGUCAAGCGGGCCAAGAAGAAAGCCGAGGAUCAGCGGGAGAAGAAAGCCGCCGAUUACGCACGCCAGAGGCUGGAGAUGGCUGAGAAGUUCGCAGAAGCUGAAAAGCGGCGAGCCCUUUAUCAGCAAACGCAUCGGCGCCAACGCACUAGCAGCCUGCCAGCUGCUGAAGAGAAGAAGAUGGCCCGAGCGGUCACGAAGUCGCUCACUCGGGAUGCGGCUGCUCGAAAGAUCCAACGAGUAUGGAGAACUCACCAUGCGAAGCAGGUCAUGCAAGAGUUCCGUACUCUGAAUUUGUCUGUGGAUCGGAUUCGUGAAAUGACCUUCGAGGACGUUGGGCGUUUCGUCUCAAAUCGGGAGGUGCUCGAUACCAUGACCAAAGUGCUGAAACUCUGCUGUUUGAAUGACAUGGAAGGCGGGGCGAUGGGGGAACGAGGCGCUGUGCGCACAUUCCUCAGCAGCUAUCUCAUCGUCACCCAUCCCGAUGAGGUCUUAAGCGGAGAUGGCGAGCAGGAGCAAGAUCUAAUCUCGAAGGCUCGUGAUCUACUCGUGGCCUUUGAUCAGGUUGCGGGAUUGCUCUCUUCUGGCUGCUGCUCACCCACCGUGAUUACUGCGGACCUGCAGAUUUUGUGCGAAUCCCACAAUGUGUUCUUCUCAGCCUUCCAUGCGUGGAAGUCUCAUGACUCUACUGUACUGAUUGAGAUCAUGCUUGCCCAAUUUGUCGAACUGGAAAUGAUCUGGCAGACGGUCAAAGGUGAUACAGCUGGCGGCGUUGCUGAAGACUACCGAGAAGGUAUUCGUCAGAACCAGAUUCUUCUUCUGGCCCGUCUUAAGCGCCUUGCAGGAUCUGACCGCGCUAUGCAGAUGGUUCGGGAUUCACUUAAGAAGGCCAAGCGUGAGAGGAAAAGAUCUGCCUCGAAGCAGGCCAUUCCUCGAUCGGCUGAAGUAGCACCAUCGUCGGGGGAUGUCUUGACCGAGAGUGUCACGUCCCCUAUCAGCGAAUCUUUCAACAAUGUUGAAGCCGCAGUUCUCCAGGAGCUAGAGAAGCAACGGUCCUCUCCGCAUGAACAAUUUACCAAGAUCCUCACAGCACUCCCAGAGAACCGGGUCUUGGUGCAUGAGCUUCUCCUCAAUAAGGAAUACAAGAUCGAAGAAUCUACGUAUGCCGACCCUCGAAGACGAAUUAUGGGGCACAUGUGUGAGCAGAUGAGACGAGAUGUUGAGGCUGGACAAGGAAUAGCUUGGACAGUCUCCAUGGCCACCGUAAUUCAAGAUCGUCUCCUACGCUCCCUUCGACCGGGCAAUUCUCUGUAUGUGCUAAUCAGCGAAGUUCUGGAUCCAAAGCUUGUUGAGAGUCAGUGCAAAGCUGGAUCGUUCUCUUAUGAGAAUUUCUUCGAUUUUAUGAACAACAUCCUACCCCGUCUUUGCGCUCCUUACCGCGACCCCGCGGUUAAGGCAUUUGCAGAAGACACUUCAGGAGACGCUAUUGAUCGAUUAGCAAGGCUGAUGAGCAUCAUUGAUCUGCUCUCCCUAGACCACACGAAUUUCAUGAUUCAGGUGGCUGCGCCCCAAUUGAUCCAAGAUGCUCCCGGGUAUGAGCAACGUACUUUUGAACGGGGAGUCACCGAUGGCUCGAUUACGUUGGGUAAAGUCCGGCGGUUCUGGCGAACGCAUCGCAAGAUUAUUGUCGAUGAAAUGAAGAAGCGAGACCCUGAGAACAUCCAUGGAGAGCCCCUUCCACCAGCCACACGAGUCUAUGCCCAUGGCCUCACAGACCUGGUGUUUAGCAAUGCUACCGUAUCGGAGGAUCUGAUUCCCGAGACCUUGGCGCUGGACCAUCAACGACUGGAGCGUCUACACGCCAAGGCCUUCCAGAUCGUGGCUACAGCAUCCAUCCUCCUGACGGCUAAGAAUCUACUGAAGCGUGAUGCGCGGUCCCAAUGGAAGCCCGAGGCCGAUCGCAUUCUCUCUUUGGACUUCAAUGAAAUCCGGGCCGACCGCGUACAGUCUAUUCUUGAAUCAACACAUCCCAUGCCACCCGCUGCAAGUGCUCAGCUUGCCGCCACAAUUAGACGAGUGCUGGCGCCCGUCGCGACCGCAAGCACUGCAGCUGCACCUCAGGCUGCUGUUCAUGUUCAAUACGAUACCUCUUCUGGCCCGGUCCCGGAGCCCUCCGGCAAUGGAUCCCCCGCACCCAGCUUCACGGACCCGGUUGCUCGGUUGAUUCUCUCCCGCCUCCGGAGUCAUGUACUCUCUCGAUUGAGCGCUUCAAGUGCUUCGGAGCGAGUGCGUGCCACAACAACGGCCAGCCAGAGCCUGGCUGGAGCAGGUAUGCCCGAGUUUGUAGGCGAAGUUGGGCAGCUAGUAGAGGAGCUAGAGAAAGUACGCGAGAUUGACUGGCUCUGCCACGGAUCAGUUUAUGAGCGUUUAUAUGAAGAAGGGGCCUCACAGUAG